UUUUGUUAUUGGCUUGUUGACAACUCUUUGGCCAAUUAGAUACGGUUUUGUUAAUUGUCUUUUCAUUCCUGAUCAAAAUAUGGAACACGAAAGUAUGUCAGACUGAAAAAUUAAGGAUUCGGUUGUCUUAUAACACUCUGCACCCUUUACAUUUCUCGACAAUCUGAAAGUACGACCAGACACUAUGGACGACUCCAGCAAUGGUUUGGGGAUGGAUCCCGAGGAUUUUACUUCGGUAACGCAGGUUUACAUGGAAUAUGAUAACGAUGAUGACUGCAGCAUCGGCAACCCCACUUGUUCAAGAUUUGAUGAUCAUGGGCAUUCUUUUGGGAAUGACAACUCGAUGUCUGCAUCAGAACAUGACAAACAAUUUGAUGAUGAUGAGAGUCGCUACAUCCACAAUACGAUAUCAGAUGACAGGAUAGAAAUGAGCAUUAACCCUGGCAUGAGGGGCGUUCCUGCCAACUUUAACCCCUCCCACGCCACAAUCACCGUAGAAACGUGCGACCCAGAUACGAAAGAAAAAGAAUAUAGAAGAUUUCAGUGUGAUUACAAGGGGUGUACACGGACCUACAGUACUGCCGGAAACUUGAGAACUCAUCAGAAGACCCACAAAGGUGAAUACACAUUUAUCUGUGACCAGCAUGGGUGCGGCAAGGCCUUCCUCACGUCGUACAGUCUGAAAAUCCAUGUCCGCGUACACACGAAGGAGAAGCCUUAUGAAUGCGAGGUCAAAGGGUGCGCCAAAAACUUCAAUACUCUCUAUAGGUUAAGAGCUCACCAAAGAAUUCACACAGGAGACACUUUUGAUUGCAAUGAGGAUGGUUGUACCAAGUUUUUCACGACUCUAAGUGAUUUACGGAAACACAUACGAACACACACAGGCGAAAAACCAUAUCAGUGUGAUGAGAAUGGGUGUGGGAAGGCAUUUGCUGCUAGUCAUCAUUUAAAAACACAUCAAAGGACACAUACAGGUGAAAAACCCUAUACCUGUCAGGAGGAUGGGUGUAGCCGAGCAUUCUCUACUUCCUACAGCCUGAAAACUCACAAAUCCAAACACGAAAAGUCACUGGGGGAUCAGAACUCAAAAGAUGAUACUGCCACUAUUUACAAUGAGGAUGGAAGAUUUCAAUAUAAUAUCUCAGAUUCUGUCCCACAUAGGACAGAGGGCAUUCUAAGUACUUUGGGUCUCUUUGAGAUGGGAGAACAGAAUAACUCAAACACUAAUGAUUAUGUGGACAGACCUGCCAUCACGGAGAUUGUGGACGAGCUGAAGGAUACAGACAACUGUAACAUGUGUGUCUACAACCACACACAUCCGUCAGUGAUGGGCGACACGGAUGUCAACUACUCAAAUCAGAAUCAGCAGCCACCCCAUCACCAAGUCUUCACGGAACUCAAGAAAGACAACCCGGGCAGCCAGCAGCCAAUCAAAGACAUGGUUCAGUUGACUCCUGUUCCGGUCAUCCCGAUCAAUCUGCCAGUGGUGCAGGACAUCCACUCGCUCCAGAACACCGCGCCCAAUCUCCAGCCUCUCGACACACAGCCCAUGUCGAUUCCCGCCGUGCAGACCACGCCCAAAGGUGAUAGCUCGCUGCAGACGGUCACUGCCUUGCCUGUGCUGCAGAGCGGGAGCGAUGUGGUGAAUAGUUCGUCCAUGUUUGUGGAGCACUACCUGAUUACGAAAGUUAUUGAGAAAACUCCUGCGGGUCAGCAGGUCAAGUCAGAAAGCACGCUGCAGCUCACUCCUAGCUUGCCGCCGACACAAGUCAUCGACGCGCCGCAGUCUGUCAUAGAUCUAUCCACUACAGGAACCGGAAUCAGCUUAAACCCCCAUCAAACUCAGCAGCCCGCACAGUUCAUCAACACAAAUGCAGCCAAUGAAAAUCCACAGAUCCUGGAGAAAAGCAACACAGAUUAUAUGUCCAUGAGUGCCCCUGCUCCAACAAUCAUGAUGCCGUCUGCUAACGCUUUGCCAGCACAAGUUCAGAGCCUUCAAUCUCAGCAUGGAAUUCUGGACGACUUUUCCUCAAAUGGCAUUCCGAGGCAAGAAAGUGCAAAUAAGACACUGGUCACUCCUGCAGAAUUCAAUGUUCGAAUGGAGCAUAUCCCAGCAAUCAUUGCAGCUAAUCCGGACAAGAAAAUCACGAUAUUGCCCUCCACUGAUGGUGCUAUGCAGCCUUCUAUUGUCAAAAUCUCCACCGACAAAGGCUAUAUAGAGCUGCCUUGUGGAAUGGAAGGGAAACUUGUGCCUAUUGUUUCAACUUCCAAUUUCACCUUUUCCUCUACAAAUGCAAUAAACACUACAUAACAUUUGUUGGGGGAAAUCGCAUUAAUUAUUACCUCAUUAUAUGCUUUAACUGGUCUGUUAAGAAUCAAGUAAUAGUGUGAUAUUAAGUAAUGUAUUGAUCGUUCAAUUUCAUUUUCUAACUGAGUUUCUCGAAAGUGUUCUGAAUCGUUGUAUACUUCUAUAUAUAAUUCAUUGUUAUCUGUUUUAAUUGAAGUUGUUUUUAUUAUUGUCAUAUGUGCUUGUGCAGGAAUGAUGAUGAAUAAAUUAUAUACAUAAUUAU